ACUUCCUGUAUUUUACUUCAAACUUCUGUCCGGCAAUACUGUAGGGAAGGGGAUGUUCUACUUUUUCCCCUUCAGCUGUGGGGGUGGCCAUGUUAGCACAGGAGCAAAGAACAAAUAUCUGGCAUUCUGACCAAGCACAUGCCUCCUCAGCUGUGAGUGCACCUGGGUGUUGUUCUUUCACAAUUGCAUUUGCUGUCAUAGGAUCAUGCUUCAAAGUUCAUGCUUUGUGGCCAGAAUGAAGUGUGUCAGGAAGUGAGAGAGGAGGGGAGAUGAGCUGCAGCUUGCAGACAUAGAGCCAGCUGUGGUGCAGCGGGAACAGCCAUGAUUUGGAAAAGCAAGUGCCCCAAGAGCCUGCCUGCUCCUGUCAUGAUUCAAGCUGCUGUCCUGGUGCCCAAAUGAACCAAAAACCUUUGCUGUGGCAGAAACGAUCAGACCCACAAGCACCCUCGGCUUUUCUCCUACGGAGAGAUGAAGAGAACAACCUGUUCAUAGCUUCCUUGAGAGGAAUGACUUCUCUCAGUGCCUUUCUUUGGGCCUCCUUCGCUCUCCAGGUGAAUCAGCCAUCCCACUGAGAUCCUCUCCUCAUCCCUAUUGGGUAUGUCAGCUGCCAAUGUGUCUCAGCCAUGCAAGGAUUACAGCUUCUACCACAAACUCCUCCUGCCUGGCUACAUUCUGAUAUUUAUCACAGGCUUGAUGCUGAAUGUGAUGGCCCUGUGGAUAUUUGUUCGCUACCUGCGCCUGAAAUCAGUGGUGAUGAUCUACAUGUUCAAUCUGGCUGUGAGUGACCUCACCUUCACGCUCCCUCUACCACUGCGACUCUACUACUACUUCAACCAUGAGUGGCCCUUUGGCAACACCCUGUGCCAGGUCUCUGGCUCUGUCUUUCAGAUCAACAUGUAUGGUAGCUGCAUAUUCCUCAUGUGCAUCAACCUGGAUCGCUACAUUGCCAUUGUGCACCCACUUCGCUGGCGGCACCUGCGGCGUCCCAAGGUGGCCAGGCUCCUUUGCCUGGUGGUCUGGGUCGUGAUCCUCAUGGGCUCCAUCCCCACAGCCAUAGUCCACAAGCAAAACCACUGUGAGUCACAGAACCAGACUACUUAUCUGUGCUUUGAAAGCUUUAGUGAUGACAUGUGGCAGAAUAACCUCUUCCCUCUAGUUGUCCUGGCUGAAAUCCUGGGUUUUCUCCUGCCGCUGAGCUCUGUGACAUACUGCUCCAUUCAGAUCUUUCGGGAGCUCUGUCAGGCCAGACAGCCGAAGACGCUGCGGCAGCAGAAGACAAUUCGUCUCCUCUUGGUCAAUCUGGUCAUCUUUGUCAUAUUCUUUGUGCCCUACAACACUACCCUGUCUGUAUAUGGUUUGAUAAAGGCCAGGGUGAUUAAUGUUGAGAAGCAAAUGCAGGCCUCCGUGCGUGAGGUGCUAAUUGUGACAAUGAUGUUGGCCAGUAUGAACUGCACACUGGACCCCCUGAUUUACUACUUCAGCACUGAAGGUUUCCGUAACACCUUUAAGAAACUGCGUCGGGGACAAACCUGGCACUCAGAUAUAGGGAUGGUUAGGAAUCAGGUUGUGGAACAAAAGUCAACCCGAAACCAUGCUGCCUCAGCAGCAAAACAGUUACCAUCUGAAAACUUUCGCUGUCCCAGUGAAUCUGUGCCAGCACUUCCUACUGCAGUAUUUUUGAAUGGCCCUAUUGAGGACUCAGAAAUUUAACCACAGAAAGCUCCUAGCAUUGCUGAGUUUCAGAAUGGCCCAUUCAGUAAUUACAUCAAGGCUGUGGAAAACAGCUCAGGGUUACUUAGCAAAUUGAGGGAGCAUGGCAGGCUAUAUGUGGGUGAACGUAUGAUACAAAGCUGAAGGAUGAAAAGUUGUUCUCAAUAAACACAGAUACAUUGAUGA